CCUCCCCUCCUCUCCCUCCUCUGUCACCAUAACCAUUUCACACUGCAUUUUUGCGGAGAAGCAAAAAAGAAACGGAGCAAACGAAGAGGAAGAGGAAGAGGAAGGCGAAGGGGAAGGGGGAGGAGAGGGUUCAUAAGGGCAUUUCGCCGAGCAGGUGAGGUGGUGGGGGUGGUGGGCGCGGGAGUCGCGAGCUCCGGGGAUGGAUUCGGGGGAGAUACACAAGAUCGGGAGCAUACGGCGCGAUAGCGCGAUAUGGAGGAGGGGGGAGGAGGUGUUCUCGAGGUCGUCGAGGGAGGAGGACGACGAGGAGGCCCUCAAAUGGGCGGCGCUCGAGAAGCUCCCCACCUACGACCGGGUGCGGCGGGCGAUUCUCGCGCUCCCCGAGGGGGAGCGGCGGGAGAUCGACGUCGCGGAGCUCAGCUUCCAGGAGAAGAAGGCGCUGCUGGAGCGGCUGGUGAGGGUCGCGGAGGAGGACAACGAGAGGUUCUUGUUGAAGCUCAAGGAUCGAAUCGAUCGAGUCGGGAUCGAGCUACCCACAAUCGAAGUGCGAUUCGAGCAUCUAAGCAUCGAGGCGGAGACUUAUGUUGGAAACAGAGGAUUGCCCACGAUUCUCAAUUCCACUAUUAACACGCUUGAGGCCGUGGCGAAUUCUCUGCAUAUACUGCCGAGCAGGAAGAGACCGAUGCCGAUCCUUCACGACGUUAGUGGAAUCAUCAAGCCUCGCAGGAUGACUUUGCUAUUAGGUCCGCCGGGAUCGGGGAAGACCACAUUAUUGUUGGCCUUGGCCGGAAAACUAGACUCGGAUCUUAAGUUCUCAGGAAGAGUGACCUACAAUGGCCACGACAUGAAUGAGUUUGUUCCUCAGAGAUCUGCGGCGUAUAUUAGUCAGCAUGAUCUCCAUAUCGGGGAGAUGACGGUGCGAGAGACCUUAGCUUUCUCUGCUAGGUGCCAAGGAGUCGGUACUCUACAUGAGAUGUUAACUGAAUUAGCAAGAAGGGAGAAGGCUGCGAAUAUCAAGCCGGACCCUGACAUCGAUGUCUUCAUGAAGGCAGCUGCGAUGGGAGGGAAGGAAGCGAGUGUAGUCACAGAUUAUAUACUGAAGAUAUUGGGACUGGAAAUUUGUGCCGAUACAUUGGUAGGAAAUGAUAUGUUGAGAGGUAUAUCUGGUGGACAAAGGAAGCGUGUCACAACAGGCGAGAUGCUUGUUGGACCUGCGAGGGCUCUAUUCAUGGAUGAGAUAUCUACUGGGCUGGAUAGCUCAACGACUUUUCAAAUUGUGAAUUCACUCAGGCAAUCAAUUCACAUUCUUGGAGGGACGGCCGUUAUCUCGUUGCUUCAACCUGCACCAGAGACCUACGAUUUGUUCGAUGAUAUUAUUCUUCUUUCUGAUGGGCAAAUCAUGUACGAAGGCCCACGUGAGUAUGUGCUUGAGUUCUUUGAGUCCAUGGGCUUCAAAUGCCCCGAGAGGAAGGGCAUCGCUGACUUCUUGCAAGAAGUGACAUCAAGGAAAGAUCAGCAGCAGUAUUGGAUGCGCCAUGAUGAGCCUUAUAGAUUUGUCCCUGUAAGGGAGUUUGCAGAGGCCUUCCAUUCCUUCCAUCUCGGUCGGGCUCUAGCAAAUGAGCUUGCCGUGCCAUUUGACAAGAGCAAGAGCCAUCCUGCUGCUUUGACUACGUCAAAAUAUGGUGUUAGCAAGACGGAACUGCUGAAAGCUAACAUUGAUAGAGAAAUCUUGCUCAUGAAGAGGAACUCAUUUGUCUACAUAUUUAAGGCCACUCAGCUCACAAUAAUGGCAAUCAUCGCAAUGACUCUCUUCUUGCGCACAAAUAUGCACCGAGAUUCUACAACAGAUGGAGGGAUCUAUAUGGGGGCACUCUUCUUUGCAGUAGUCAUGAUCAUGUUUAAUGGGUUCUCGGAACUUGCCAUGACCAUUGUGAAGCUUCCUGUUUUCUUCAAGCAAAGAGAUCUUCUGUUCUUUCCUGCAUGGUCAUACAGUUUACCAUCUUGGAUUUUGAAGAUCCCCAUAUCAUUUUUUGAAGUAGCGGUCUGGGUUUUCAUGACAUACUAUGUCAUUGGAUUCGAUCCGAAUGUAGGCAGGCUAUUCAAGCAGUAUCUGAUACUCCUAGCUAUCAAUCAGAUGGCGUCUGCACUAUUCCGUUUCAUUGGUGGACUGGCUAGAGACAUGAUCGUCGCAAAUACCUUUGGAUCAUUUGCACUUCUGAUUCUUUUGGUGCUGGGUGGAUUCAUUCUUUCAAGAGAGGAUGUGAAGAAGUGGUGGAUUUGGGGUUACUGGAUCUCACCACUAAUGUAUGCACAGAAUGCUAUCUCAACAAAUGAGUUUCUAGGGCAUAGCUGGAGCAAAAAACUUCCAGGACAAAAUGAAUCAUUAGGUGUUCAGGUCUUGACGUCUCGCGGAGUCUUUCCAGAAGCCAAAUGGUAUUGGAUUGGCUUCGGUGCCUUAAUAGGAUACUUGUUUCUUUUCAACAUUCUUUUCACUCUAGCAAUCACCUAUCUGAAUCCAUUUGGUAAAGGUCAACCAGUUAUAUCUGAAGAAACAUUAAAUGAAAAGCAAGCAAAUUUGACCGGUGAAGUUCUAGAAGGUUCACCUAGAGGCAGGAUUUCUGCCAAUACCUCUGCAUCUCAAAAAACAGGAAGCAAUCAUGAGAUAACGAGAAGUAACACAGCAUCAAACUCCAUGAAUGAAGUUGCCGGUGCUAGUCCAAGCAAGAAGGGAAUGGUCCUUCCAUUUGUACCUCUCUCCCUCACCUUCGAGAAUGUAAGAUACUCCGUGGACAUGCCACAGGAAAUGAAAGCGCAAGGCAUAACGGAAGACCGACUGGAACUCCUGAAAGGUGUGAGCGGUUCUUUUAGGCCGGGAGUUCUUACAGCUUUAAUGGGUGUUAGUGGGGCCGGUAAGACAACGUUGAUGGACGUGUUGGCUGGUAGAAAAACGGGUGGAUAUAUUGAGGGAAACAUCACCAUAUCCGGCUACCCAAAGAAGCAAGAGACUUUCGCUCGUGUAUCAGGAUAUUGUGAACAGAAUGAUAUCCAUUCUCCUAAUGUGACAGUGUAUGAAUCUCUCGUAUUCUCUGCGUGGCUUCGACUCCCUUCAGAAGUUGAUUCGACAACACGAAAGAUGUUUAUUGAAGAGGUGAUGGAGCUUGUAGAGCUCAAUUCGUUGAGAGAUGCCCUUGUUGGAUUGCCUGGAGUGAAUGGUUUGUCAACCGAACAAAGGAAAAGGCUCACUAUUGCUGUGGAGCUUGUUGCUAACCCCUCUAUUAUUUUCAUGGAUGAACCAACCUCAGGGCUUGAUGCACGGGCCGCAGCAAUUGUUAUGAGAACUGUAAGAAACACUGUGGAUACUGGGAGGACUGUUGUUUGUACUAUUCACCAACCAAGUAUCGAUAUAUUCGAAGCUUUUGAUGAGCUUUUCCUGAUGAAGAGAGGAGGAGAGGAGAUAUACGUAGGUCCACUAGGACACCAUUCUUCCCUCCUGAUCAAGUAUUUCGAGGGAAUUGAAGGCGUUAGUAAGAUUAAAGAUGGCUAUAAUCCUGCAACAUGGAUGUUGGAAGUGACCUCGCCAGCACAAGAAGAGAUACUAGGAGUUAAUUUCAGUGAAAUAUAUAAGAAAUCUGAGCUUUAUCAGAGGAACAUGGCUUUGAUAAAGGAACUAAGUACACCCCCACCGGGUUCAAGUGACCUCUAUUUCCCAACUCAAUACUCGCAAUCCUUCUUCACACAAUGCAUGGCUUGCUUUUGGAAGCAAAGCUUGUCAUAUUGGAGGAAUCCUCCGUACACUGCUGUAAGGCUCUUCUUCACGACGAUCAUAGCAUUGUUGUUCGGAACUAUAUUCUGGGACCUUGGCACAAAAAGGAAGCAACAACAGGAUCUGUUCAAUGCCAUGGGAUCCAUGUAUGCUGCGGUCUUAUUCAUUGGGGUGCAAAACUCUUCAUCCGUUCAGCCGGUCGUGGCGGUUGAAAGAACAGUCUUUUACAGAGAGAGAGCAGCUGGGAUGUAUUCAGCUUUGCCAUACGCAUUCGGACAAGUUGCGAUAGAACUUCCAUAUAUCUUUGUUCAGGCUGUAAUAUAUGGUGUGAUAGUCUAUGCAAUGAUCGGAUUUGAAUGGACGGCUGCUAAAUUCUUUUGGUACUUGUUCUUCAUGUACUUCACACUGCUAUACUUCACAUUCUACGGAAUGAUGGCUGUGGGAUUGACCCCCAACUACAACAUAGCCUCAAUCGUCUCCUCCGCAUUCUAUGGCUUGUGGAAUCUCUUCUCCGGCUUUAUCAUUCCCCGAACCAGAAUUCCUGUGUGGUGGAGAUGGUACUAUUGGAUAAGUCCCGUGGCGUGGACCUUAUACGGGUUGGUUGUCUCACAGUUUGGAGACAUAGGGGAUAAGCUCGACAGCGGCGAGACUGUGGCCGAUUUUGUGAGGGACUACUUUGGCUUCAGGCAUAGUUUCUUGGGAGUGGUCGCGGUCGUCGUGGUCGCGUUCGCUGUUCUAUUCGCUUUCCUAUUCGGGUUCGCGAUAAUGAAGUUUAACUUCCAAAAGAGAUAGAAGGAAGGGCAAAUCAAGUUCAACUACAAUAUAUUCGAAUAGAGAAAUUCGCGGAUAUUUUUACUAGCAUAUACAAAUUUUUGUACUGCAAUUCUUGUAAGAUAUAUGUCAGAGUAUAGAUAGCUUUUGUAAUUGCAAGUGUAAGUAGUAUUGAUAUUUGUUGUAUACUUGUACUCUUGAGUUCUAGUAAGUAUUAAUUUCUUCAUAUUCAUUA